CAGGACCACCCCCGCACAGGCCCCUUUUCUGGAGGAAUUUCAAAUAAAAGCCGCCGCGGCGACUACGCCUGAGGGACGCUCCUGCCUCAGUACCCGCCACAGCGCCCCCUGGCGCCGCGCCCACCUGCACCGCCCGGCGCCUCCCUCCUUCCCUCAGCCCCGCCGCUGCCGUGAGGGGACGGCCCGGCCCGGUCUCGCCAUGAAGCUGCACUUCAGUAUCACCGCCGCCGAGGAGCUGCGGGAGAGGCGCGGGGGGAGCUACGUGCUGUACUCGGUGUGCCUGGAGGGCUUCCUGCUCGGCAAGGCGCGGUACAGCCAGCUCCGCCGCUGGGAUGCGCAGCUGAGGCAGCUUUUUGGGAGUGCUGUGCCUGCUUUCCCUCCAAAGUUUUACCUGGCAAUGACCAAGUCAAUGGCAGAUGAAAGACGGUUGCAACUGGAGCAGUACCUUCAGAAUGUUACUUUGGAUUCAAAUAUUACCAAUAGUGAUGUCUUCAUAGGUUUUUUCCGAAAGCUACAGCAGGAUACAUUUAAGAUCCAAACCCAGAGAGUCUUUUUGGAUGUUUACCUCGCUGAUGGCAGCAAUGUUAGACUUGAUAUCCAGACAUCGGACACUGCAGAAAGAAUAUUAGAGGUUGCAUCAUGCAAGGUGGGACUACCAAGAGAAUUAAUAAAAUAUUUUAGCUUAUUUUUCUUUCAAGAUGAUGAUGAUGGAGCACUCUCUGUGGUGAAAAAAGUGGCAGACUUUGAACUUCCUUAUGUGAGUCUUCAGAGCAUGAAAGAGUUGCACUGUAAGCUUGGGAUCAGAAAGUGGUAUAUGGAUCCUUCUCUUGAUAUACUGCUGAUGGAUUGUAGAGCUUCACUGAAUUUGCUAUAUAUACAGGCAGUCCAGGAAGUUAAGAAGAACUGGGUUAAACCAACAGAAGGGCAGAUGCAGGAACUUGAAUUUUUACAAAAAAAUGUGAACAAAGCAAAGUUCCUGGAGCUGAUUCAAAAAAUGCAGUUCUAUGGAUACAUGCGGCUUGAUCCUUGCAUUUGUGACUAUCCAGAAGAAGGUUGCUCAGCUGACAUCUAUCUUGGCAAUAAUGAGAUUAACUGCUGCAUAAAACUGCCUACUAAACAAACCAAAGAGGUCAGCUUUAAAAUCAACAGGCUAAGAAGUUGGCAGGUUACUUUUCUUGGUGCUGCAAAGGAUGGUGAAGAUGACACUCUGGAGCUCAGAUUUGAGUACAAUGAUUCAGGCACAUGGCAGUGGAUAAUUUUGUACACAAAACAGGCCUUUUUGCUCAGUAGCUGCCUGAAGAAAAUGAUAUCAGAACAGAUGAUGAAGGCAGCCAAAGAGGGCCAAGAAAUGGACAUCAAGAUGCCUGGAUCCACAAAAAAUAGUAAGAAAUCCAGUAUCCAACAAAAGCAGGUAGUUCAUUCGGGUUUUAUAUCAAGGAAAAGAUUUUUGGUUAGGCCAAAUGAAGAGGACUGUGUAUUUGAGAAAAUAAGAGAAGAGGACCUGUGAUAAUUUAUUUUAGAUUCUGUCUUUCAAAAUGAAUUGUCUGGAAAUAAUAAAGCCAUUGUUGGAACUCUGAA